GAUGAUUUUAAUGAAUGACAGUUCUAUUUCUUGUGCCAGGUUUGGUGGCAAGCAACAAAAUGCGUUUGAAAGACGGUGUUGGACCGUUAAUAACAAUUAAUAACGGUAACAACAUCAACAAUCAUCAUUUAAAUCAUCAAAUCAAUUCAAAUACAACAAACAACACUACAACAAAUUUUACAAAUCAAUUACGUCAUCAACAAAAUUUAAAUGAACAAAUCCAAACAAUAUUAAAAAAUACAAACGAUACAUUAGAUGCGGUUGUGAAUAACACGCAAUGGUCAUAUACCGACAUUUGUACAAACAAUACACAAUUAAUACAACAACAGCAACAACAGCAAUUAGAAGCAAACAAUCGAAAGAUAUUAACGACAGUAGCAAACAAUCGAAAUCAUCAACAACAACAACAACAACAACAGAAUUACAACAGAAAAGAUUUAUUACAAAAUUACAACAACAAUCUGGCGUCGUCCAACGAAGAAGAGACAACAACAACAAUAUUAAAUCAUUUACAGCAGCAACAGCAACAACAACGGAACAAUAUAACGACUACGUGUCCAACGGUGGUGCUGGGAGGCGACUCGAAUCAUUCUGGUACAAUACGACCGCCUCGGAGAAAUAUAACGUCAUCUUCGUUAUGUUCGGCGGAAUCAUCACCAGAUGAUAGCUUAUUAGAAUAUGAAGAACCCCAACAAAGUUGCUCAUCAGUGGAUACAUCCCCACAAGGUGACGAAGAAGACCGUGGUUUUGAAUUAUCCGAUUCAGAAUCAUUAUCCGAUGAUGGUAAUUUAAGUGGGGGUCUCGAUGAAACACAUCAUCAUCAUUGUCAUCGACGUGGUAUUGUGAAUCCAAAUUAUCCAGGAUUUCAACAUUUAGCACACACCUUAGAAUAUUCAAUUAAAACAACACACACAUCAGACACGGAUUUCACCGAUGAUGAUCUAGACUUAGAUCAAUCAUUAUCACCACAACCACCCACAUCAUUAAUAUUAAAUAAUAUUAAUAAUAAUACAAAUAAUAAUAAUAACAAUAAUAAUAAUAAUGAAGAAGUGGUAGGUGGUGGUGGAGAUAGUGGAGUGAGUAUUGUUGAUGAAGGUGAAGAAUUUAAAAUCGAUAGUGUUAAUCGUUUGGAUAGUGUUGAAAAUAUAUCGAAAGUAUUUUAUGAUAAACCUAAAUUUAAUUUACCAUUAGAGGAGAGUGACGUCACUGAAGCUGCAACAACAGAAGUAUUAAACAUUAUAAAUGUUGAAGAACAUGAAAAUAAUAGCGCAUGUGCUUUAAUUAUCGAUACUCAAACUGGAUUAAAUAUUAAAAAUGAUGAUUUAAGUUUAAAAGAAACAAAUACAACAGUAAUUGAUGAAUGCGCAUGUGCAGAUCCUAUAGAGACAUCUAUUGUUAAGGAAGAAUUUCAAAGUGACAAACAAGUGAACGUCGAUGACAUUCAAGCGCAGUUAAAGGAAACAGAUGAAGUGACAAUCAAAAGUAAUGAAAAUACUUGCGCACCCGCAAGCGUGAUAGUAAAAGAUGAUAUAUCCAUAUCUCAAAGUAUCUCAAUUGAUGAUAUAAUUGGUGAUUUUGGUAAGGAGUUAGAACAAGAAUUAGAUCGCCGAAUUGAAUUGAAUCAAAUUGAAAAAGCGAUUGUAAAAUUAGCGAUUUCACCCGAUAAGGAUAAAGAACCAGCUGCAUUUAAAUAUAAUAUUGAACCGAAUGUAAAUGAACCGUUUAAAACGGUAAGUAAAGACGAAUUAAUUAAACCGACUGAAAUAAAACGUGUUGAUAAAAUGGAUACAAUGAUUCAUCAACAUCAAACCGCCCCACCAAUAAUGGAGCAUAAAAUAAAUAUUUUAACACCGCUAAUGUUUCAUCAUCACUAUCCGGAGACUAUUAAAUCAAAAAUGGCCGAUGCAUUUUUAUCAGAUACACGAGAUGAUAUUGUACCAUUUGAAAAACCAUCGUUAGACUCAAAUCGACAAACGGAAAGUCAAAAAAUUAAAAAAACUAUUUAUGUUGAACAACCGAAAAUUUCUCCGGUAGAGAAAUUUUGCAAAGAGGAUUUAACGAAAAAUGAAAAAGAGAAAGAUGAAUUAGAGGAAAAUGUUGUGCCAAGGAAGAAAGAAAAAAUGGAAAUUAAUCAUCAUGCUAGUGCAUUGAAUACUACAGUAGUGCGUCGUGAAUUAUCUGGAAGGAAUCGAAGCGAUUCGAUUGUGAAUCGACGAUCUGCCCCAGCGUCUACUACCCAACGGUCAUCGAACUCAAGCGGUGCUACUGGUGCCGAUAAAAAACGUACAUCACCCGAUAUUUUCGGAGGAUUUGAUGUGUAUAAUAUUGAAACGGCAAUGCCAAAUAUUGAUUUGGAUGCUAUCGAAACUCAUCUUCGAGCUGCUCGAGAAGAAGAAAGACGAAGACGAACAGAUCGAGAAGAGAUACGACGAAGAUUGGCUAUGGGAUCAGAAUCAGAUGAUUAUUACACACCAGGUGAUCGACCUGGACGAAAACCAAGUCUUCAAGCACGAUUACAGAGUGGGAUGAAUUUACAAAUUUGUUUUAUGAAUGAAACCGUAUCGGAUUCAGACAGUCCAAAUUCUGAUAAUGAAUCGACGACGAUUACAACACCAGCAGCUCCAAAUAAUAAUAAUUCAAAACUUAUAUCACGAGCCCCUCCAUACCAUAAAUCAACACCAACUGUUGGAAAUAAUACACGAAAUUCUCGACAAUUAAAUGGUCAAAGGCCACUCAGCUUACCCAUUAGUCAACCAGCAGCUCAACCACCAUUAACGACUCAAUCGACGCAAUCUUUAACUGAUUCAGUGAAUGAAGCUGAUUUCUUUGCACGACAGGCUCGUUUACAAAUUGAGGCUCGAAUGGCACUUGCUCAAGCUAAAGAAAUGGCACAUAUGCAAAUGGAGGUUGAACGACAAAGGCAAAAGAAAAGUCCAAUUACCGAAAUGGUACGAUCAAGUUUAGAAAAAGUUGGUAUACAAUUUCCUGAAGAACGUCGACGAGUAUCGCGGCAAAUAUUAACAGAAAUGAAUGUUGCUCAAUUACAAGUGAUUGUAAAUGAUUUACAUACUCAAAUUGAAGGCUUAAAUGAAGGUUUAGUCAGAUUUUUAAUGGAUCGUGAUGAUUUACAUAUGGAACAGGAUUCAAUGUUGGUUGAUAUUGAAGACCUUACCAGAUAUUUAGGCGCUAAGGAACAAAGUGUUAAAGAACAAAAAUUAAUAACACCACCAGUAGUUAAUAAUAAUAUACCACCACCGUCGCCAUUAAUGGCAAUUAGCAGCAGUAUGAAACCACGUUUACACAGGAUAGCUAGCCUUGUUAAAAAGUAAACAAAAAUACCAUCAAAAAUUUAAAAAAAAAGAACAAAAAAUAUCAAAGAAC